CUGGAAGUGGUGCGUUAUCGGAAGCGAAUUUUUUGACGCAACAAGCUCACCAGCACUCUAUUAUCUCCCCCGUCUGCUCUCCCCUCUUCCCUCUCCCUCACCAAUUCACUUCCGCAGCCGUUGCAGUGCAUUGAGAGAGUCCUUACGAGCCCUUCGCGCGCGAGACAACAACAAUGCAGGCCGUCGUGCGUUCCGGUGCCCGAUUGGCAUCGAGGCCCUGCAGACGAGUCACGGCCACUGCUGGAGCUUCGCGAACCCUCCCUCGAAUCCUCGCCACGACCUCGACGCGUCUGUAUACGUCUUCAGCGGACAGCCGAGAUGCCACCUCGAUGCGGAACGCGUUCCUGAGCUUGCUCGGAAGCGUCAGCUCACGGAGGGAAAUCGACCAGUACCUCGCCCAGUUCAGAUCCGUCUCCUCGCAGCAAUUCGCCGUGGUCAAAGUCGGUGGUGCAAUUCUCACAGACCACAUUGAUACACUAUGCAUGGCGCUGCAGCACCUCUACGCCAUGGGGCUCUAUCCCAUCAUCGUCCAUGGUGCCGGCCCGCAGAUGAACAAGAUUUUGCUGGAUUCUGGCGUUGAACCCGAAUUCAUUGAUGGGAUCAGGGUUACAGAUAAGAAGACACUGGGCAUAGCUCGGAAGCUCUUUCUGGAAGCUAACAUGGACCUAGUCCUAAAGCUAAGGCAAGACUGGGGAAUACCUGCGCGGCCAAUUACUGCUGGUGUGCUCCAGGCAGAUUACCUUGACAAAGAAAAGUGGAAGUACGUUGGAGACAUCACUAAGGUCCACUCCAGGCCUAUCGUAGAUGCUCUCAGGGCAAAGGAGCUGCCGAUCCUGUGCUCCAUGGCGGAGACCGAAGACGGUCAAAUCCUCAAUGUCAACGCCGACGUUGUUGCGGGAGCUCUGGCACGAUCGUUGGAACCGCUGAAGAUCGUAUACCUGUCAGAGAAGGGUGGUCUCUUCAAUGGCGACACUGGAAAGCUCAUCUCUACUAUAAACCUCGACGAGGAAUACGACACCUUGCUACAGCAACCUUGGGUAAAAUAUGGCACUAAGCUGAAGAUCGUGGAAGUCAAGAAACUCCUUGACGAUCUUCCCAGGACCUCCAGUGUGGCCAUCAUCCACCCUCAAUACCUCGAGAAGGAACUAUUCACCCACACCGGAGGUGGUACACUAAUCCGGAAAGGUGAGAGUAUUCAGACGGUGACCAAGUACGAGGACUUCGAGGAUAUCAGGACGCUUCGAGAUGCCCUCUUGAGGGAUCGCGAGGGCUUGGACUCGGGAGAUGUCAUUGACCGCUUCUUGAAUAACCUCAAGAAUCGCCCGUUCGAGGCAUUUUUCGAUGACUCGAUGGGUGCUGUUGGCAUUGUAUAUCCGCCAACUGCAGAAUCUGGAUUUGCUCAACUCUCUACCUUUACCACAACCAAAGACGCUUUUCUCACGAACGUGGCUGACAACAUCUUUGAACGCAUGAAGAAGAAGUACCCCAAGAUGUACUGGACCGUAGAGACCCAAGAUGAGAAUCUUGGCUGGUUCAAGGAAAAGGCGGACGGAACCCUUCGUCGAGAAAAGGAGGUCUUCUGCUUCUGGGGCCCGGCCGACCCGACCGAGGUAGUCUCGUUGAUGAGUGAAUUCUCUCAACAUGGACGGGCAAUGUUUGGCGAUCACAACCUCGAAGCGCAGCUGCGACGAGCGGCUGACUAUGCGGCGAGUUUGAAGCAUGGCCAACAAACACGCGCUUACUCAACCAUGGUUGGCUCCCGAACGCUAGGCCAGCAAUCAAGGCCAGCAAUUAGGCCGAACAGAUCAACAGCCCUUUUGUCUCGAAGCUUUGCUACAAGCGCAUCACGCCCCGUCGAAACUACUAACCCUAACCCUCCAUAUGGUAUCAAGUUCAAGAGCAAAGACUGGCCUUCCAAGAUUGCUCUGAUUGGUGCCCGAGGCUACACUGGCCAAGCCCUCAUUGACCUCCUAAACCGACACCCAAACAUGGACCUCCGCCACGUCUCAUCACGUGAGCUUAAGGGCAAGAAGCUUGAAGGCUACACAAAACGCGAGAUCAUUUACGAGAAUCUCUCACCUGAGGAUGUUAAGAGAAUGGCAGAGAAGGAGGAGGUGGAUUGCUGGGUCAUGGCUCUUCCUAAUGGCGUCUGCAAACCCUUCGUCGAUGCCAUCAACGAAUCUGGAAAGCCCGAUGCGGUGAUCGUGGAUCUAUCCGCAGACUACCGGUUCGAUUCAUCAUGGACCUAUGGACUCCCUGAGCUAGUAGAUCGCCGCAAGAUCUCGGACGCUACACGGAUAUCAAAUCCCGGUUGCUAUGCGACCGCGGCUCAGCUUGGUAUCGCACCUCUUCUGGACUUCAUUGGCGGUCAACCUACAGUCUUUGGCGUUUCAGGGUAUUCGGGGGCUGGCACUAAGCCUAGUCCAAAGAACGAUGUGAAGAACCUAGAGAACAAUAUCAUUCCGUACAGUCUAGUAGAUCACAUCCACGAAAGAGAAAUAUCAUCACAGUUGGAAAUUGACGUGGCUUUCAUCCCCCAUGUCGCUGUCUGGUUCCAGGGUAUUCACCACACCAUCUCUAUCCCUCUCAAUCGCACAAUGACAUCCCGCGACAUCCGCAACAUCUACCAGGACCGAUACGCUGGCGAGAAGCUUGUCAAAGUCAUUGGUGAAUCGCCACUCGUCAAGGCCAUCUCUGGGAAACAUGGUGCGGAGAUUGGCGGCUUUGCAGUCCAUAGCUCGGGGAAGCGGGUUGUGGUUAAUGCUACAAUUGAUAAUCUUUUGAAGGGAGCGGCAACGCAGUGUUUGCAGAAUAUGAAUCUUGCGUUGGGGUAUGGUGAGUAUGAUGGUAUUCCUUAUUAGAGGUUGGAUUUACAAAGUUGACGGUCCCUUUUGGAGGCUGGGUCAGAUGGGAACCAACUCGGAAAUAUGCCAGACGUCGAGUAAGCAGAGAAGAACAAACUCUAGCUCAACCUAACCCAGCAAGGGAGCCACCACUCCCACCCUCAUGUUGAUGAGGGGUGGCAGCCACACACUGAUCGAAGGCUCCCCCGUCUUGGAAGCGAGCAUACGACCUGGACGACGAGUUUUUCUUGUAUAUAAUCUUCGGCACAACAAGCGGCGUGGACUAACUACUACCACUGUACGUUUCGUUCAAGGGAAAUAGGGCAACGGUGUUAUAAAAGUUAUCUUUUCUCUGAUGAUUGCUAAUUUAUUGGGUAUACCAAGGAAUUCUAUGCGAUUGUUCUAAGUAGAGUGUGAUCUUGAGUUUGACUUUAGAGGAGAAGAGCUAAGGUUGGGAGAGCAAUAAGAAGCACAAUGCUGCGGAGUGAGUGGGCGAAUGAAG